AGGAAUUGCGAUGACAUCACCACAAAGUAAGACGAAUAACUAGAAAAAGAAUUAAAUACUACGGAGUACAAGCAAGCUAGAGGUAAGUCGUCACAAACUAAAACUAAGCAGCAUGAAAUUGGAAAUAUAGACCAAAAUUCGAUCCAGAGAAGGACCCAAGCCAAGUGGUUAAGAGUCCCAUGCUACCAAAUAAGCAGAGAACUACGUAUUUCCCACCAGACAUGAACAACCAGCCGGACAAAGGUGUCAUGUUCAAUUUCCCCUUUUCUCUGUAUGAUCAUACAUCAUGGCAAGGCAAUCCAGAGACGAGCGCCAUUAUUGAUUAGAUAAAUAGAGUUCUGGCCUGUUUCUGCUGUCCACUAUCGAUCAGCAAGAAUGUUAGCAAGAAUCCUUACUGAUGUCUGUCACAUUCUUUGUCGCCAAUAUGUCUCCAGUCCCAACCGGGAACUACGUAGUUAACUCCCUCUUGUAACAUAAAACUAAGCCGUGAACAUUCGAUUGGGAAAUCAAAUCGCGAUGGAGGGCGAUCAGCUGAGCAGCUCCCUGGCCGGUCACCACCACAGCAUCGACAUUGACAUCGCAGCGGAGGCGAAACCAUUGGACGCCGUCGACGGCGAGGCCGGGCGGAAGUGGCUGCGCAAGCUCACGUCGGCGACGGUGAACAAGGCCGUGAUGAGGGACCUCAUCGCGCGGACGCCCAUGUUGUGGUACCUCGCCGAGCGCUCGGGCACCAUCCUCCGCCCGCGCACCCGGCGCGUCGCGGGCGCCGAGGCGCUCCACGCGGUGCGCGCCGUGGCCAUCGGGCCGUUCCACCGCGGCGACCGGGGCCUCCCCUUCCCCGACGACGCCAAGCUCCCGUUCAUGCGGUACCUGCAGGAGCAGUGCGGGCUCGACGUCGACGCCUACGUGGCGGCGCUGUCGGGAGAGCGCGACCGCCUCCGCGACGAGUUCGCCGACGACGACGCGGACGCGGGGGUGGACAAGGCGCUGCUGGACGACGAGGAGAAUUUCCUGCAGAUGCUGCUCCUGGACAGCUGCUUCGUCCUCGUCGUGAGCAUGAUGCUCAGCAAGGCCGGCGUCGGCGAGGACGCAGACAGCGCGGCGCGGGCGGCGUCCAUCAACAGGGAGUACUUCAUUCUCUACAUGGCCGUGGCGCAGCACGCCGAGCAGAUCAAGCUCGACAUGCUAGUGCUCGAGAACCAGGUCCCCUUCGCCGCCGUCAAGCUGCUGGUCGCCUCCUGCGGCAGGCUGAAGCUCCGCCACUCCGUCGAGGAGGUGGUGCUCGGCUGCUUCGACGACAUCUGCCCAAAGCGGGCGUGCCUCGCCCGCGACGCGGCGGGCGCGGAGUUCCACCACGUCCUGCACCUCUUCCACUGGUCCCGCGUGCCGGUUAACAAGUACUGCAUCCUCUCCACGCCGCUGAAGCUCCUCAAGAUCAAGAAGGAGUCGGAGCGGCUGUUCCCCUGCUCCGUGGAGCUGCGGCACUCGGCGGUGUGGUUCCGGCAGGCGGCGGCGUCGACCUGCCAAGGCGAUCUCGACAUGUCGUUCUGGAGCCGGCCGGCGAGCCCCGUGGCGGUGAUGAGCAUCCCGUGCUUCCACGUCCACGAGUACAGCGCGGCGGUGCUGUACAACAUGCUGGCCUUCGAGAUGCGCUUCCACUGGGCGCACGGCGCCUGCGUGACGACGCACGUGGCCCGGAUGGAGGGACUCGUGCGGUGCCCGCAGGACGCGACGUUUCUGCGCCGGCGAGGCGUCCUUUCCUCCACGCGGCUGACGGACGCGGAGCUCGUCUACUUCUUUCGGGAGCUCGGGGCGCAGACAGUCGGCGCGAGGCUGCCGGAUGAGUUCGGCGAGAUGGUCAACGCGGUGGCGCGCCACCGGAGUCGGCGGGUGAGCUGGUGGUGCGGCGGGUUCGUGCUGCACUUCUUCCCGUCGCCGUGGGUGGCCAUCUCGCUUCUCGCGGCGGCCGCAAUUUUCGUCGUGCCGUCCAUGCUGCAGACGGUGUAUACCAUGCUCGGCUAUAUCAAAAGUACUAGUUGAAAGAUUCAGAAAUGGCCCCCAAGAGAGCUUUGUUGGUUCAGAAUUUGGCAAUGGAGCUUUCAAUGUAUUGAUUGGAUGCAUAGAAAAAAGGUGUGUUUAGUUGGAUUC